GUUCUAUAAAUCGAGCCCUUUGAUUUGCUUUCCUGUCCUGUCCGCAACCUGACUGACAGCCUGCUAGGGGACCUUUUUACCCUCUAAAUUACUUCCCAGGGCUCCAGUGACGACUGAGAGAGGGGGCAACACUUCUGAUCGGAGGCUCAGCAGCGCAGGGUAGCCUUUUCAGAGGAGCGAGAAGAGGAGUGGAGAGGACGAGUGCGCGAGAGAGGGUGUCCCAUCCGUCACACUAGCUGGAUGAAUCCACACUCCAAAACGUAUGGCUGCUUGAGAAAAAGAACGCUAUUUUCCCCUUCUCUCUUUCUCUGGGACCUUUGGCUACCAGUUCUCUCCUGAUCAGAAGUUGUCACAAGUAUUUUUUCAGUUGCUCUUAAAAAGUUAACCCACUUUUGUUGUGGACGUCACUGGCGACCAUGGAUACACAUAUAAGAUGGAAAGUAAAACGGAGGAUAAAGGACUCGCAAAUCACUUUAGCGAUACUUCUACUUUGUGUCACAUCACAAGCCAGUUCAGUGGAGCCAGCGGACCUCUUGAAGAUUUUAGAUUUUCCCAGUUUACCUGAAGGCGUUACGAAAACCACAGGUUUCUGUGCGCAUAGGAAGUCAACAAAAGGAGCCGAUGUAGCCUACAGAGUAUCCAAAGAAGCACAGCUCAGCGCCCCCACCAAACAGCUGUACCCUGCUGAUGUGUUUCCUGAGGACUUCUCCAUCCUGGCUACAGUGAAGCCUAAGAAGGGCUCCCAGUCCUUCCUUCUGUCUGUGUAUAACGAGCAGGGUAUCCAGCAGCUUGGGGUGGAGGUGGGACGCUCUCCUGUCUUCCUGUAUGAGGACCACAUGGGUAAACCCAGCCCUGAGGACUACCCCCUCUUCAGAGGUCUCAAUCUGGCCGAUGGAAAGUGGCAUAGAGUGGCCAUCAGUGUUCACAAACAGAGCAUCACCAUCAUCCUGGACUGUAAAAAGAAGACCACGCAGAAACUGUCUAGGAGCCCGCACCCCAUCAUCGACACCAAAGGAAUUGUGGUCUUCGGAACUAGAAUACUCGAUGAAGAAGUCUUUGAGGGAGACAUCCAGCAGUUGUUGAUUGUGGCGGACCACCGUGCUGCCUAUGACUACUGUGAACACUACAGCCCUGACUGUGAGGUCCCUGUCCCAGAGCAGCCCCAAGCCCAGGACCCCAACACAGACGAAUAUAACACAGAAGAGGACAGCUAUUACUAUGAGUAUCCUUACUAUGAGGACAUGGAUGGGAAACCUUCCGAGUCCACCUCCGAGACUGAGACUGACGAACAAGCUGGACCUGCCACGGAAGACGUAAAGGUGUCCGUGCCAGAGAGCGGCCGUGUGGUCACCUCAGUCAAAGAGGUGGUGUCAUCAGUCAGGGAUACAGCCAGUCAGGGAGUCGAGGGCAGAGUGUUGACCUCCGUAUCUACCGGCAGCGCCUCUGCUGCAGCAGGAGCCGGAGCCGCCGGCGAGGAGGCCUACGGGGAAGAGACAAGCCCUUACGACGGCUAUGACACAGAUAGUUAUGGGAACUACGAAUCAUACUACGACGAGUCCACGGCCUCGCCCGACGCCAGUCGCAGGGUCACCAUCAGCAGCUCAAGCACGGGGACCGGCGCAGGGGUGGAGCUGGACCUGGGGUUGGGGUCAAAGUUUGACCUGGGCACGGGGACAGAGUUUGAGAAGGUCAUCACCAGUAGUGGAGGAGUCACCAUCACACGCAACAAGACCUCGGCUGGAACAGGCUACAAUGACAACUAUGGUGAGGGUUAUGAUCUGUCCUAUGGAGAGGGAGAGGAGUACAGCAUCGGUGGCGGUGGCCAUGACAGCAGAACCAGCAGUACUGUCGAAAUCGGUACUGGUGGUGGAGGUGGAUCUGUAUCGGUCGGGGGCGGUUCUGUUUCCGUUGGAGGCGGUUCUGUUUCCGUUGGGGGCGGUUCUGUUUCCGUUGGGGGUGGUUCCGUUUCCGUUGGUGGAGGUGGAGGUUCCGUUGGUGGUGGUUCCGUUUCCGUCGGGGGCGGUUCCGUCUCUGUAGGAGGAUCUGCCAGCGCCGGAGGUGGGACGGCAAGAGCAGGAGCUGGAGCUGGGGAUUCGGUUGCUACGGGAGCCGGAGGCCAGGGUGUGGCUAUUGAGGGGGACUACACUGAUCUGGAGGGUGAUCGGUUCAAAGAGGAGUCCAUCUCUGAGUAUGGGGACGCAGACUAUGGUUAUGGAGACCUGGACUACGGUGGACAGGAGGAGAAGGUGCUGCCAGCCGAGACAGACGAGUACUACGGACAGGUUGAUGGGUCUCGGGGAGAGAAGGGACAGAAGGGAGAACCUGCUAUCAUUGAGCCUGGAAUGCUGGUGGAGGGUCCGCCUGGUCCGGAAGGCCCAACAGGUCUCCCUGGACCCCCAGGUUCCUCCGGGCCCCCAGGCAGCCACGGAGACGCAGGAGAAAGGGGUCCUAAUGGUCGUGCUGGUCUUCCUGGUGCUGAUGGUCUGCCAGGACCUCCAGGGACUGUCCUGAUGCUGCCUUUCCGCUUCAGUUCUGGAGGAGACUCUGGACAGAAGGGACCUCAGGUGUCUGCUCAGGAGGCCCAGAUGCAAGCCAUCAUGCAACAAGCUAGGCUGGCGAUGCGUGGUCCUCCUGGCCCUAUGGGUUUGACAGGUAGAUCUGGUCCUCUGGGUUCUCCAGGUGUUUCUGGACUGAAGGGAGAGUCUGGAGAGUCCGGUCCUCAGGGACCCCGUGGACCAUUGGGUUCUCAUGGACCCUCUGGGAAGCCCGGCAGAAGGGGACGUGCUGGUUCGGAUGGAGCCAGAGGCAUGCCUGGUCAGACCGGAACCAAGGGAGACAGAGGGUUUGAUGGUUUGGCUGGACUUCCUGGUGAGAAGGGACACAGAGGUGAAUCUGGUCCCCAUGGACCUCCCGGACCCACAGGAGAGGAUGGAGAGAGAGGAGACGAUGGAGAGAUCGGGCCACGGGGACUGCCUGGUGACCCAGGACCUCGUGGGUUGCUGGGACCUAAGGGACCUCAGGGACCUCCCGGAUCCCUUGGUGUAACUGGAAUGGAUGGCCACCCUGGACCCAAAGGAAACAUUGGACCACAAGGAGAACCUGGUCCCAAUGGACAGCAAGGCAACCCUGGUGCUCAGGGACUUCCAGGUCCUCAGGGAGCCAUCGGGUCCCCAGGAGAGAAGGGGCCUACUGGAAAAUCAGGACUGCCAGGAAUUCCAGGUGCUGACGGACCCCCGGGUCACCCUGGCAAGGAAGGACCCAACGGAGAGAAAGGACAUUUGGGUCCCGCAGGCCCCCAAGGCCCAAUCGGUUAUCCCGGGCCCCGAGGCGUGAAGGGAGCCGACGGUGUACGAGGCCUGAAAGGAGGAAAGGGUGAAAAGGGAGAAGAUGGAUUCCCUGGCUUCAAGGGAGAUAUGGGAAUCAAGGGUGACAGGGGUGAGCUGGGACCUGCUGGACCCAGAGGUGAGGACGGACCUGAGGGGCCCAAGGGUCGCUCCGGUCUUCCUGGAGAUGCUGGCCCUCUUGGACCCAACGGUGAAAAGGGCAAACUGGGUGUUCCAGGGUUGCCAGGAUAUCCAGGAAGACCAGGACCAAAGGGAUCUCAGGGAUUCCAAGGUUUCCCCGGAGCCAACGGAGAGAAAGGAACAAGGGGACUUGCAGGGAAGGCUGGCCCAAGAGGACAGAGAGGACCAACGGGGCCUCGUGGAGAGAGGGGACCAAGGGGACAAACAGGAAAAGCUGGACCAAAGGGUACCUCAGGAAGUGAUGGCCCCCCAGGACCUCCCGGCGAGAGGGGUCUUCCAGGGCCUCAAGGACCAACAGGAUUCCCCGGACCAAAGGGCCCACCCGGACCUGCUGGGAAAGAUGGUCUGCCCGGCCACCCUGGACAGAGAGGAGAGACUGGUUUCCAAGGCAAGACUGGCCCACCUGGACCUCCAGGAGUGGUUGGACCUCAGGGCCCCACAGGUGAGACUGGACCAAUGGGAGAGCGUGGCCAUCCAGGACCCCCAGGCCCACCCGGUGAGCAGGGUCUCCCUGGAUCUGCUGGUAAAGAGGGAGCUAAGGGUGACCCCGGUCCUGCUGGCCCGGCUGGUAAGGAUGGUCCCCCUGGUCUGAGAGGGUUCCCAGGAGAGAGAGGUCUGCCCGGCCCAGUGGGGGCCCACGGCCUGAAAGGGAAUGAAGGCCCCAACGGCCCACCUGGACCUGCUGGUUCCCCUGGUGAGCGUGGUCCUGCUGGCCCAGCCGGACCCACUGGUCUCCCUGGACGACCAGGACCUCAGGGACCCCCUGGACCCGCUGGAGAGAAGGGUGGACCGGGUGAAAAAGGACCCCAAGGCCCCGCCGGUAGAGAUGGUGUCCAGGGACCUGUUGGUCUGCCUGGCCCAGCUGGACCUCUCGGACCCCCAGGAGAGGAUGGAGACAAGGGAGAGAUUGGAGAGCCAGGUCAGAAGGGAGGCAAAGGAGACAAAGGAGAGCAUGGUCCACCUGGUCCUACUGGUCCCCAAGGCCCGGUUGGGGCGCCUGGUCCUGCUGGAGCUGAUGGAGAGCCCGGUCCCAGAGGUCAGCAGGGUCUGUUUGGCCAGAAGGGAGAUGAAGGAUCCAGAGGAUUCAAUGGACCCCCUGGCCCAGUGGGACUUCAGGGAUUACCAGGUCCGGCCGGCGAGAAAGGAGAAACCGGAGACGUUGGUCAGAUGGGUCCUCCCGGUCCUCCUGGCCCCAGAGGCCCCUCCGGACCCCCAGGAGCUGACGGCCCUCAGGGACCUCCUGGUGGUAUUGGAAACCCUGGAUCUGUUGGAGAGAAGGGUGACUCAGGUGAAAACGGAGAGCCUGGUCUUCAGGGAGAACUUGGCGGACCUGGCCCAAGAGGAGAGCGAGGGGAGAAGGGAGAGUCCGGUCCUGCAGGUUCUGCUGGACCCCCUGGCCCUAAAGGUCCCCCUGGAGAUGACGGUCCUAAAGGAAGUCCUGGUCCAAGUGGUUUCCCUGGUGAUCCUGGUCCCCCUGGCGAGAUCGGACAGGCUGGUUUAGACGGUCCUCCUGGUGACAAGGGAGACGACGGAGAGGCUGGUCAACCUGGUUCUCCUGGACCCACCGGAGAGUCAGGUCCUUCAGGCCCACCAGGAAAGAGAGGCCCCCAUGGUACAACUGGACCCGAGGGCAGGCAAGGAGAGAAGGGAGCCAAGGGAGAGUCUGGUCUGGAGGGCCCACAGGGAAAGACAGGCCCCGUUGGUCCUCAGGGAGCACCUGGCAAGCAAGGUUCUGAAGGUCUCAGAGGGAUCCCCGGCCCAGUUGGGGAACAAGGUCUUCCGGGUUCCUCAGGACCCGACGGACCCCCUGGACCCAUGGGUCCUCCAGGAUUACCAGGUUUGAAGGGAGACUCUGGCAUUAAGGGAGAAAAGGGCCACCCUGGUCUGAUCGGUCUGAUCGGGCCCCCAGGAGAGCAGGGAGAGAAGGGUGACAGAGGUCUGCCAGGCCCCCAGGGGACAUCAGGACCCAAAGGAGACAAUGGUAUUGCUGGCCCCUCAGGUCCUCUUGGUCCCCUGGGACCUCCAGGAUUACCAGGUCCUCCUGGUCCUAAAGGAGCUAAGGGGUCAUCGGGUCAAACUGGUCCCAAGGGAGAGACUGGUGUUCCUGGACAACCUGGGCCUCCUGGUCCUCCUGGUGAUGUCAUCCACCCGCUGCCCAUGCAGUCGAGCUCCAAGCGGAGCCGCAGGAACAUUGAUGCCAGCCAGAUGAUGGACGAUGCCAAUGCAGAUGCCAACUAUAAGGACUACGACGAUGGAAUGGAGGAGAUCUUCGGAUCCCUCAACUCCCUCAAGCUAGAGAUUGAGCAGAUGAAGCACCCACUCGGAACACAGGGCAACCCCGCCCGCACCUGCAAGGACCUGCAGCUCUGCCACCCUGACUUCCCCGACGGUGAAUACUGGAUCGACCCCAACCAGGGUUGCUCGAGGGACUCUUUCAAGGUCCACUGCAACUUCACAGCAGGAGGAGAGAGCUGUAUCUACCCUGAUAAGAAGUCUGAAGGGAGCAAAAUGGCAAAAUGGCCCAAAGACUCCCCAGGCUCUUGGUAUAGUCGCUACAAGCGAGGUUCCCUGCUCUCGUACGUGGACGCUGAGGGCAACCCCAUUGGUGUGGUCCAGAUGACCUUCCUGCGUCUGCUGAGUGCGGCCGCCCGCCAAAACCUCACCUACAACUGCUACCAAUCAGUGGCCUGGCACAACCAGGAUGGGGACUCAUACGACAAGGCCAUCCGCUUCCUGGGCUCCAACGACGAGGAGAUGUCCUACGAUAACAACCCCUACAUCAGAGCCGUGGUGGACGGCUGUGCGUUGAAAAAGGGCUAUGAAAAGACAGUACUGGAGAUCAACACACCAAAGGUGGAACAGGUGCCUUUUGUUGACAUCAUGUUCAAUGAUUUCGGCGGGGCUACGCAGAAGUUUGGAUUCGAAGUGGGUCCUGUCUGUUUCAUCGGCUAAGACUGUUUACUGAACAAAAUGGAGAAAAUAAAAAGCAUAUUUAUUUUCUCAGAAACAAAACACAUGAAUAGGACAAUUUGUAUUUGUGUAAAACAUUCUGUGUCCAAAAGCAACAAGUAUGAAUAAAAUACACAAAAAUCAAGAUGAGAAUACUACAAUAAAUUUCUAGAGGAUUCGAUAAGAAUAAUAAAAAAAGAGCAACCUUGUAACCUCAGUGUGCCUUCUCCAUCACAUGCAAGUUUUGAAACUGAAUAAGUCAGAUACUACCGACCCCUAUCUUCACCCAUGACCCCUAUCACCGUUCCCAAACCUCCACCCACUCCCAGCGCACUUGAUGUAAAUCCAAUCUGGUUGUCGAACUCACCGGAGGCAAACUUUUACCUGCUACUCCACUGGUUUCAGAAGGUUGCCAUGGACUCCAUCCCAUGUGGCAGUUUUCUUCUUCGUUUUUUUUUAUUGUUUAUUGUUGUUGUUGUUUCUUUGUCUCUCUCUCAAUUCCCACUUUGAAUAUUUUAUUAAUUUGUUCAUUCGUUUGCUCCUUCAUUCAUUUCGGAAGCUUUGUUUUGUGCAUAAUUGUCUCCCCAUUCUUCUGAAUGGAACUUAUAUAUAUAAAUAUAUAUAAAUAUUUUUUGUAUGUUUGUAAGUACUUUCUGUAUAUUUUUCCUGGUAAUGUUUACUGUUUCUGGCUUCAAAACAUGCAUGUAACUUUUUAAGACGUGAGGUAAAAGAUGAUGGUCAUUGGAAUACAUCAAAUUCGCAGAUACUAAAGUAAGGAAUUGGACAUGUAAAUUGGAGAAUAGAUGAGGAGUGCUUGUCUUGUUGCUGGGUGUGAAGAACACCUUAUUGUAAUUUAAGAACCGAAUGAAAAUAAAGUAUGGAAAUAUUACUCUGCGCUAGUCUGUGAGAGUUGAUUAGCAUAACAGAAAAUGUACCAAGAUAAAAAUGACAAACAUUCCUCCUCUUCUUGUGUCCUUUAUUUUGGGUGCAUUUUGAGAUUUUAUUAACUUAAUAAACAACUUUGAUAUUUUUUUCCUUCAAUACUUCCAUAUUUCUACUCUCAAACUAUAUAUGCAGCAGGAGAUGUCACUUUUCAAGGAAACACAAGAAAUCAAUACUUAGGUGCUAUUUUUUCUCCUGUGGUGCUAUGAUAUUUUCAAGUUUGUUGUUAUUUUGAAAGUACAGUAAGCUGAUGGUGGUGAUGUUAACUCGUCACCAUGACUACCCUGUCUGUCUGUCCCUUACCCUGACCCUCUUAGCCAUCACCUCUGAAACAACAUCUUCACUACAUUCUUAUUUAUGUCUAUGGGGUGUUUUAAUGCAUGCCAGUUUGCUUCAUAUUCAUUCAUAGAUCCAUGCAGUAUUUUAUUUUAUGUAUUUCUCUGCUUCCAAGGCCCACUUAGUAAAGACUAACAGCAUCUGAUCAUACUGCAACUUACUUGGAAUGAGCUAAUAGAAAUAAGAUUGUACUCAGUUGCCGAAUGUGGUGCUAAUUUAUCAAAUUUUCUUAGAUGUCUUUAAAAAAGAAAGAAGAUGGUAGACGCGAUGCUGCAAUGCUUGCAUAUCAUGGUUCCAAGACAUGGUGCAUUUUGUGAAUGGAUCUCAUGAUUGGUGUUCUGUGCAAUGGAUAAUCUUUUUCACUUUGUCAAGCUUUUUACUGCUUUUAUUUUUCGGGGUUGGGGGUGAAGGUGACUGGUUUGGAAUGGGUACGGAGUGUCUCCCCCUUUGAGUAUUCCAAAGCACAUGGCCAAGGAACAGUUUGGAGGUUUGGUACCUGAAACCAUUAACUUUCUUACCAAAGGCUUUUUUUUAUAUAGCUUUAAGUUCCCAGAGGGCCAAGAAUCCACUAAGUAUUUUGAAAUCAACUAUUUGAAAAUGUGGUAGAAUUGUCUAAUGAUGAUUAAAAUCAGAUGUGUCAUGUACAAGUCAAAAAUACAAUUUCAAACAUAUAUUUAAAAAAAAAAAUUUUUUAAAAAUGAAAAAUUUAGAUUUGUUUUUAGUGAACGAUAUUUAAUAGUCCAUCAGAUUAGCCCGCUUAAAGGUAGAAAAGCCAGAUGCAAAGCUUGUUUUUGUAUUGUUGUUUGGGGUCUUCUGAUUUAACUGUUGUUUUACUUUCUUAAGCCCUAGUUAUAUCCUUGUACAAACUAUGCACUCUGCCUGCUUUUAACCACUACAGCAUCUGCCACAGAAAGUUUUACUGUCCUGCAUAAGUAGCUUGUUUUUUAUGUUUUUUGUUUUUACCUUCUAGAUAUGUGACUUGAACCAUUUACGUUAAGAUACACUUAUUGAUCAUCCAUUUUUAAUGUUCAUUUCGAUGAAGCACUCCAAAUUUAACAUGUUUGCUUUCAAUAAAAGGACAAAACAUUUUUGUCAAUUUUCAGAACCAGCAGUAAUGCUGCCAAUAACGUUUUUUGUUUUUGUUUUUUGAUUUGUUUUACGUUUGUCUGUUUGUUAGUUUUUAUGGUCUUGUCAAACCUGUGUAAGAGAGGAUAGAAGAUAUAUUGGUUUUUAUGUUUUAUGUCAAUAAAUUUAAGUUUACUGUG